AAACAUGAUGUACCGUUUUGGAAAACAAGAAUUUCUCGCGACGUACCAUACAGUUCUACGGUCUCAUUCCUUGUACGCGAACGCAAGAAAGCACGUACCGUAUGCAACCGCCCGACGGUCUAGCGAUUCCGAACACAACAGCAAGCAACGAACAACACCCAUGGCACCUGCUUCGGACCUUGCCGCGUUGCCCAUCGGUUGGUCCCUUUUUUCGUGGCUGCGGCGGAUCUUCGGAUGGCCGGACGUUCGGUUCAUGGUCCACGACCGAUGGGCCAACGUCCUCUUUCUCCACUGGAGGAUCCCGGCCCACCUGGAGGCCGUCCUCGAGGCCCACACGGCACCCUUUCGCCUCGAUCGCUUCGAUGGGUCGGCGUGGAUCGGCCUGGUCCUCCUGACGGAAGAAGGGGUCGGUCCGUCGGUGGGAMGAACGGGUUGGACCUGCGUGACGCACCACGGGAUCAACGUGAGGACCUACGUGACGGGGGCCACAACAGGGCCCCUCGACGGGGACCUUCCGGAGCUGCCAACGGAACCCACACAACAACCGAACCAACCGCCACCUCCCAAACGACCACCACAACCACAACUUCCACCAGAAGACWCCCGCGGAAUCCAUUUCUCGUCCCUGGAGUGCGACGAUGAGUUUACCUCGCUCGGGGCCAACCUCUUCGGGAUGCCCUACCGGGUUUCGAGGAUCGCCCGCACCUAUUUCCGGGCCGGGGAUGCGACCGGCUACCGGAUGCRCUCCGAGCGGCUGCCCUCGGGCGCCCCGUCCCUCCUCCGGUGGUGCUUGGCUUCCCUGCGGUGGUGGAGGCCGCGGGUCCUCCACUCCACCACCUCCGAGGAGACCGGGAMRGACCCCCAAACGCCACCGACCGGYGGUGCUUCCACCGGAACCACCUUUGCGGUCGACUGCUCCUGGAGCAGCUUUCGAAGGGCCCGCGAAAGCGAAAGCCCCGACCGGCAAGKCCGCGCAAGGGCCUCCCUGUUUUCCGACUGGGCGUGCGAGCGGUAUUUCGUGUACACGGAACAAUACGGGACGCUCUGGCGCGGGGAGGUGGACCACGAGCCCUGGCCGAUGGAAGAGGGCGUCUUGCUMRGGGACCUCUCGAUCGAGGGCGUCGGUUCGUACGAUCCCCCAGGGAUGCGGCCGGUCCUCUCGCACAUGGCGGAGCACAAGCCGGAAAAGGUGGGGUUCAGCCGCGGGGUGGGCCCCGUGCGGUUCCGAAUGCUCCGGCCGCUGGACGCACGGGGAUCGAGCGCGGAGCACCAUGGAAGGGCCCUUUGACGAACGGGGAGAAAAGACGAGACGCGCGCCGACGGGGGGGAACCAACAAGGCGCGCSYGGUGUGCUUUUGUGGCGAACGCCGGACGAUUCUAUUGUA